AUGUUUUCAAGUAAAGACAGUGCCAUGAUGACUCUGGUUUGGGUAACACUCAUUUUUCUUCUUCACCAAGGAGAUACGCUGGAUCAAGUGACCACAGUUCAACUUGGUGAGCCUGUAACCUUGACAUGUGUUUUACCUCCUGAUGAUUUAAGCAGUAAAAUUCACUGGUACAAGCAGAGAGCAGGGGAAACUCUGAAACUGAUUGCGACACUGCGACAAACUGUACGACCUCAGUAUGGACAAGGGUUUAAUGCCUCAAGAUUGGAAGUAAAAGACAAUAAGAACAUCAGCAGUCUGACCAUAUUCAGGACAAUCCCAGAAGAUGAAGGAAUGUAUCACUGUGCAGUCAUGGAAUGGAAUGUGAAUACUUGGAGUGCGACAUAUUUGUUAUUAAAAGGGAACACCCAGAGAAAUGUUACUGUUCGUCAGUGGCCAACAGUAUUAGAUCCAGUCCGUGCAGGAGAUCCUGUGACUCUCAACUGUUCAGUCCUCUCAGACUCUGAUAACAAGAUGUGUCCUGGAGAUCUCAAUGUCCUCUGGUUCAGAGGACAAAACUCUCAUCCAAAUAUCAUCUAUGUUGAUGGAAAGAACCAAACUGAAUGUAAGAAGCAAUCAGACACUCAGAAGAGCUGCAUUUAUCACUUCUCUAAGAAGGUCAGCUCCUCUGAUGCUGGGACUUACUACUGUGCUGUUGUCACAUGUGGAACGAUAUUAUUUGGAGAUGGAACUGAACUGCAAAUAGAAACCAGCAUUUGCUCUCUGAUGCCCAGUAUAGUUAUUUUUCUGCUGUGCGCUGUAUUCGUUCUCAUUGUUACUGCUGUCCUCACUUAUUCCAUCAGAAAAAACAGCAGUAAACAUUGCAAAGCAACUGUCCUGCAGAAAAAAUGUAGCAAUCAGAAAAGACAAAAGAAUAAGGACACGUCUAUGUUUUCUGCUGUUGUCUUUACAAUGAUGAAAGCUGACAGAGGGAAAAUAGAGGAUGUAAAGGCAGUUGAGAAGCAGAUCUACAUGGCCAAGGCUUUUGGAUUGGAUUAGUUACCCUCCUUAUGAAAUUAUCUAGCGGAUGUUUGUUUAGAGUUAAUUGGUUUUUAUAUCUUAUCUUUCUUUAUAUAUCAUGUUGUCAUGACACAUGUCACUGCCUAUCAUAGUGGUGGGUUUAAAUGUAUUGAGAUUAACUGCAUUUUAAUAUAGAUGUGCGCACAUACAUAUGCCUCAGGAUAAACCCUGACCCUCAAUACUGCCAGUCUAGUCUGGUUGGGAACAUUUAUUGCUUUUCUUGGUCGUUUUUCUCUCUGUCCAACUUUAAAAAAUUUGAAAAUAGUAGAUUUUUUUGUUGUUGUUGUUUGUUUAUUGUUUAACCAAGCUUUCUGUUGAGAUUCUCAUUGAUAUUAACUUUAAAAAAAUGAUCGGCUUACAUUUAUGCAGUUUUAUUACAUGGCUUAAUUUGGUUUUGUAUUGCUACUAACUGUACUUUAAUGAUCUGUUAUAGAACUAAAGAUGGACAAGAUGAUGUAUUCAAUCAGAGGAACUACAUGUCAGAAAAAGACAAAUAAAUGUACAGCAAUAAGUUGUU